UCACAGAAGAAUCAGAUUCCGGUGCAACAGCUAGGCAUCAUCAUGCCUACUGCUGUGAUUAUGGAGGAAAAUUUUGAUAAAUUAUUAGAGCAGUGUGAAGCUCAAGAACUCGAGGCUCCAGGGGGCAUUGCAACACCUCAAGUCUAUGCUCAGUUGCUGGCAUUAUAUUUACUUCAUAAUGACAUGAAUAAUGCCAGGUAUCUAUGGAAGAGGAUUCCCCCAGCAAUAAAAUCAGCAAACCCUGAAUUAACAGCUAUUUGGGCUGUGGGCCAGCGCAUUUGGCAGCGAGACUUUCCAGGGAUCUACACAGCCAUCGCAGCUUACCAGUGGACAGAGAAUAUCCUUCCGGUCAUGGAGGCCCUUCGAGAGAGCACGCGGCAAAGGGCGUACGGUCUUGUGGCCCAGGCCUACACUUCCAUCACAGCAGAAGAUUUUGCUGCCUUUGUUGGCUACUCUGUGGAGGAGGCAGUAAAGGGUGUGGUAAGCCAAGGCUGGCAGGCAGAUCCCACUACCAGGAUGGUGAUGCCCAAAAAACCAGAUCCUCCCCCCGUCUCAUUGGUUCCAAAUGAGCAGCAGCUGGCCAGACUCACUGACUACGUGGCUUUCCUCGAGAACUGAUAACCCACUACAACCACUGCCACCCUUUUUCGCCUGCUUGGUACUGAGGGAGAAUACAAGUUUGGAUAGACUCUUCCUCCUUCCUACUUCCUGCAGAGUACCACUCCCUGAUACAGACGUACCAAAAACACACUCAUCAUCUUGCAUGAACGCUGCAAGCCCUUCUCCAAGACCUGCCUAUUUAUGUUCAUUCACUAAUAUGGCCUCCCCUGUUAAUUCAUAUCAUGAAAAUUGGUUAUCUUUCAGACUUCAAUGUUGUAUUUAUAUUUUUUGUGCUCUCUACAUCCCACCUGAUGUGUAAAUUUGAGUCUGAUUUCAAAGUAAGUAUUGGGAAGUAUGCUUCACAUCACCGUUAGUAUGGUUUUAUUGCUAACCAAACAAACCCCUCCCACACAAUAGAGAUACACAAAGCAGUGUGUACAGUACGUCCAUUCUGUUUAAGCACUUAAAGGUUACCUUGAAACAGAUGUCAUCAGGUAACAGAAGUCUAAGCAUGCAUGCGUCAUUGUGUGGAGUUCAGUCCUCAGACCUCAUAUUUUGAAGUUUAUGUUUUGACUGGUGAAUAAAUAUUUUGCUGUUUCUAAUUUAGUGCUCUUUUAUUUCUUCGGUUCCAGAGUUCUGUUCCAGGUUGGUGCUGUUUUACAGAGCAGGCUGGGCUCCAUCAAGGAUGUUGAAUAUUCAGUUACAUUUGGCCUUUAGGGUUUUCAAGUGUCACCGUGGUCUCAUAUGGAAACAAGUUUGCCUUUUUCUGUGUCCUGACAUUAACAUUGACAUAAUCAUUUACACAGGUCAGAACAUAAUGCGUUAGGAAGUAUGUUGUAUGACUACCAUGGCAGACCUGCAAUAGACCAAACGUUAGAGUUACAAUUUAAUCAGGUUGAUGUAACAUCAACCUGUAAAGUCUGCAGAGUUUUGUGUUGAUUCACCACUUAUUCAAAGCAAUAGUUCAGCUCAUAGUUAAACAUUUUUCCAUUGGGGUUAAUGCUCUUUAAUUCUUUAAUUAACUUUAAUUAAUAACACUGAGAAUUGAUGGACAUUUUAUUUUGUAAAGGCAUAUCUGGCUGCCAUCUGUUUGUUAAUACUACAAAAUAAAAGUCUUGUGGUGA